AGAACCCAGGUAUCUCUGCAGAAACCUCUGUCACCCUGUAAGCAGCAGGCACUGAAAAAUCUGUAGGGAGUACACUGAGACAUCCCAGAAACAGAGAAAUGGGAGUGUUGACAUUCAAGGACAUAUCUAUAGAAUUCUCUAUGGAUGAAUGGGCCUGCCUGGACUCUGCUCAGCAGCAUCUGUAUCAGGAUGUCAUGUUAGAGAACUACAGAAACUUGGUCUUCCUAGGGCUUGCUGUCUCUAAGCCAGACCUCAUCACCUAUCUGGAGCAAAGCAAAGAACCCUGGAAGGUGAAGACACACCAGACAGUAGUCAAGCAUCCAGCUAUAUCUAAUCAUUCCACCCAAGACCAUUUGCAAGAGCUGGGCACAAAUAUUUUAUUCCCAAAGAUAAUUCUGAGAAGAUACCAAAGUUGUGGCCCUGAGAAUUUAAACUUAACAAAAGACUGGGAAAGUCAGUAUGAGUGUAAGCAGCUGAAAGUAUGUUCCAAUGGACUUGACCAAUGUUUAACAGCUACUCCAGGCAAAAUCUUCCAAUGUAGUAACCGUUUGAAAGUCUUUAGACAAUUGGCAAAUCUAAAUACACAUAAGGUGAAGAAAACUUUUAAAUGUGAAAACUAUAGAAAAGCCUCUCACCAAUGCUCUCACAUUUCUGAACAUAAGAUAAUUCAUAUUGGAGAGAAACAGUACAAAUAUAAAGAAGGUAGCAAAGUCUUCAAAUCUUUCUCUAGCCUGUCAAAGCCUAAGAGAUUUCAUAGUGGAGAGAAACUCUACAAAAGUAAAAAUUAUGGCAAUUGUCUUAACCACAUAUCAAAAUAUUAUACCCAGAAGAGUAUUGAUGCCAAGGGAAACCCCUACAACUAUAAAGAAUGUGACAAAUUUACCAGCCAGUACUCACGCCUUUCUCAAUAUGAAAGAAUUCAUUCUGGAGAGAAAUCCUAUAAAUGUGAAGAAUGUGGCAAAGCUUUUAACCUUAGUAAAAUGCUUACUAAACAUCAAAAAAUUUGUUCUGGAGAAAAACCAUACAAAUGUGAAGAAUAUGAGAAAGCUGGUAACCGGUACUCAACCCUUUCUGUACAUCAAAGAAUUCAUUCUGGAGAGAAAUGCUACAAAUGUCAAGAAUGUGGAAAAGCCUUUAGCCAGAACUCACACCUUUCUAUACAUAAAAGAAUUCAUUCUGGAGAGAAACCAUACAAAUGUCCAGAAUGUGGAAAAGCCUUUAGCCAGAACUCACACCUUUCUAGACAUAAAAAAAUUCAUUCUGGAGAGAAACCCUACAAAUGUGAAGAAUGUGGAAAAGCCUUUCGCCGGUACUCAACCCUUUCUGUACAUCAAAGGAUUCAUUCUGGGGAGAAACGCUACAAAUGUCAGGAAUGUGGCAAAGCCUUUAACCAUAGUUCAACCCUUACUGAACAUCAAAGAAUUCAUUCUAGAGAGAAACCCUACACAUGUGAAGAAUGUGGCAAAGUCUUUAAGUGGAACUCAAACCUUUCUGAACAUCAAAGAAUUCAUUCUAGAGAGAAACCCUACAAAUGUCAAGAAUGUGGCAAGGCCUUUAACUGGUACUGUACCCUUUCUGUACAUCAAAGAAUUCAUUCUGGAGAAAAACCCUACAAAUGUCAAGAAUGUGGCAAAGCCUUUAACCGGUGUUCUACCCUUUCUGUACAUCAAAGAAUUCAUUCUGGAGAGAAACCAUAUAAAUGUCAACAAUGUGGCAAAGUCUUUAGUCAGUGCUCAACCCUAUCUGUACAUCAAAGAAUUCAUUCUGGAGAGAAACCUUACAAGUGUCAAGAAUGUGGAAAAUCCUUUAGCCAGAACUCACACUUUUCUAGACAUAAAAGAAUUCAUUCUGGAGAGAAACCCUACACAUGUCAAGAAUGUGGCAAGUCCUUUAACCGGAACUCACAACUGUCUAGCCAUAAAAGAAUUCAUUCUGGAGAGAAACCCUAUAAAUGUCAAGAAUGUGGCAAAGCCUUUAAUUGUAGUUCAAUCCUUGCUGGACAUAAGAGAAUUCAUUCUGGAGAGAAACCCUACAAAUGUGAAAAAUGUGGAAAAGCCUUUAACCAAAACUCACACCUUUAUAAACAUAAAAGAAUUCAUUCUUCUGAGAAAAGCUACAAAUGUCAAUAAUAUGGGAAAGCCUUUAGCCGGUAAUGAACCCUUUCUUUGCAUCAAAGAAUUCAUUCUAGAAAGAAUCCCUACUAAUGUGAAGAAUGUGGAAAAGCCUUUAACCUUAGUUCAACCCUGGAGAAAAACCCUACAAAUGUCAACAAUGUGGCAAAGCCAUCAACCAGUACUCACCUCUUUCUAGGCAUCAAAUUUAUUCUGGAGAGAAAUCUUAUAAAUAUGAACAGUGUGGCAAACCCCUCAACUAAUAUUUAAAGUUCACUGUGAAUAAAAUAAAUCAUACUGGAGAGAAACCCUCCAAAUAUGAAGAAUGUGGAAGUACCUUUUUCUUUUUUUUUCCUUUGGAGACAGUCUCAAGCUGUUGCCCUGCGUAGAAUACUCUGGUGUCACUGCUCACAGAAACCUCAAACUCUUGGGCUUAAGCGAUCUUCUUGCCUCAGCCUCCUAAGUAGCUGGGACUACAGGUGCCUGCCACAAAGCCCGGCUAUUUUUUGGUUAUAGUUGUUGUUUGGUAGGCCUGGGCUGGAUUUGAACUUGCCAGCUCUCAUGUAUGUGGCUUGAGCCUUAGCUGCUUGAGCUACAGGUGCCAAGCCAGAAGUACCUUUUCUUUUGGUGAGACAGGAUCUUACUCUAUCGCCCUCCAUAGAGUGCUGUGGCAUCACUGCUCACAGCAACCUCCAACUCCUGGGCUUAGGUGAUUCUCUUGCCUCAGCCUCCUGAGUAGCUGGGACUACAGGUGCCCACCACAACGCCCGGCUAUUUUUUUGUUGCAGUUUGGCGGGGGCCAGGUUUGAGCCUGCUACCCUGGGUAUAUGGGGACGGCACCCUGCUCACUGAACCACAGGCACCACCCCAGAAGUACCUUUUUCUAGUGUUCAUUGCUUGCUAAGAAUAAAAGAAUUCACACUGGAGACUUGGCACCUGUAGCUCAGCAGUUAGGACACCAGCCACAUACAACAGAGCUGGUGGGUUCGAACCCAGCCCAGGCCUGCCAAACAACAAUGACAACUACAACCAAAAGAAAAAGAGCUGGGCAUUAUGGUGGGCGCCUGUAGUCUAAGCUACUGGGAGGCUGAGACAAGAGAAUCGCUUAAGCCCAAGAGUUUGAAGUUGCUGUAAGCUGUAACACCAUGGCACUGUACCAGGUGCAAGAAAGUGAGACUCUGUCUCAAAAGAUACAAUGAGAACUUGUGGACAUUAAUUAUAGUGAUAGAAAUGGGAGGACUCCAUUCUGGAAGGUUUUCCCCUUUCCAGGAAAAAUCAUGAAUAAUUUAUUCCUGCACUAGUUAACAUAGAAUUGGGAAAUCUGUGUAAUGGGAAAAAUCUUACUAAACCCACUUGAAAAUGUAGAAGUGUUCCUUCUAUGGAGUGUACUGU